UCUCGGUCCACGUGUCGAUAAAAGCAUUCUAUCACUGUCAUCCCUCAAUACGAGAUAGCUGACUGUAACCCUCUCUCCUCUCUUACCUUUCUUCCCAACGGGGCCAACUCCUGCGGCCCCCACAAAAUGUUGUUCACUUUUUCUCACAAUUUCUUCACUCCCCAGCUUCAACCAGGAAGAGAGAUCAGGCUGAGGAAGCCAGAGAGUGCCUUGUAUGUGAGUGUGUGAAUGCGCUGAGAGAUCAUGUGCAACAAGAACAGUCCUCUGGAUAUGAAAACCAGGUCUCGGACUAAGAAAGAGAAAGCCAGAGCAACGCUUAAACCAGCACGCAAAACAAGAACCAAGACCAGGAAGCCCAAGUUCCUUAGUCUCCGCCUGGAACUUUCCUCAGAAAACUCACCAACCUCUUCCCAAAUGACGCACAGCCACAAAAACAACCAACACGAUGCAGAUGAUCACAGUAGCCAGCACCAGCUGAACCUGUUUCCUCUACACCCGGAAAACCUAGUGGACGACAAAGACAUACACGACGAGAACGUGGCCUUCCUCUUCGACACCGAACCUGGCGCCACCCUUAACAGCCUCCUUUCCGAGGCUUCGACGUCCUCCGAGGAUGACUCGCUCUUUUCCCCGCCGUCACUAACGUACGCCUACGGGGGAAAGGAUAGGGAUCAGGAGGGUGUUGAUGUCGGUGGCAAUUACUGUAACAACACGAGCUCGAAGCUGGUACGGACGGCCAUGAGGAACAAAGAGAGAGAACCGAGUGAGGAGGAGAAGUGGGUGUGUUACUCGGAGGUACUAGUGGAGAAGAAGGAGCUGGAAGAGGUGAGCAGCUGCACGGCGGACGUAUGGCCGCCUUGUGCAAUAAAACGGACGAAGAUGCAGGGGUUGCUGUCGUUGAAGCUUGAUUAUCAGGGCAUCUUAAACGCUUGGUCUGGAAAGGGCUCGCUUUUCAUUGCCGGAGAGUCCCCCCACAGACUGUGCCUGACUUGCACGAGGAUCGGUUUUUUGCCCAUGACGGUGCCAAUAUUCUAGGGGAUGGGUGGGGCAGCGUUGGUAAUAUAUGGGCGGUUCCAGAAAUGGGUUGUAGUAGUACCGAUAUUUGUGGCAUGAAAGUGGAGGAGGAAGCGGAAGGCAAAGAUGGUUGGAAGACGAGGCACAGAGAAGCAAGCGUGUUGAGAUACAAGGAGAAGAGGCAGAACAGACUCUUCUCAAAGCGUAUCCGAUACGAAGUUCGAAAGCUUAAUGCUGAGAAGCGACCCCGUAUGAAGGGUCGAUUCGUGAAGAGAAGUUGAGAAGGCAUAGACUCUUGGACUUUUUCUUUUCCUUGCAACAUAGUAGGGGGCACUAAGAUAAUGUUAGUCAGUGCCAAAACAAAUCCAAAUGAAUAAAAAAAAAAAAAAAAAAAAAAAAAGUUGUAGAGGCACAGAGAUUUUAGUUAUAUGGAGUGCCUACUUUGGAAUAA